AUGUCUCCGGGGGCGGCGGAGGGGAGCCGGGGCUCGGUGUGCCGCUCCUCGUACGGCCGCUUCCACCAGGCGGAUGACGAGUACAGCCGGAGAUACGGCUCCUUCCCCGCCCCCCGCCGCCGCCUCAUGAAGGAGAAAGUCCGCCGGAUGUUCAGCUUCGCCUACGACGGAUACAUGAGCUUCGCCUUCCCGGAGGACGAGCUCAACCCCAUCGACUGCCGGGGGAGGGGGCCGGACACCGGCAACCCGUUGAACCUCAACAUCAACGAUGUCCUGGGGAACUAUUCGCUCACCCCUCAUCGAUGCCCUGGACACGCUAGCGGUGAUGGGGAAUGUCACGGAGUUUCCAGAGAGCUGAAUCCUUCGUGAUAGACACCCUGGUGUGUCAUUUGGAUAAAGAUUCCACGGUUAUCAGGUGUUCGAGGCGACAAUUCGGAUUCUGGGAAGUCUUCUGUCUGCACACACAUCAUCCUGACUGACAGCAAACAGCCGUUCGGCAACAUGACGGUAAACGGAUAUGAUAACGAACUCCUCCAUAUGGCCCAUGACCUUGCCGUUCGCCUCCUGCGGCCUUCGAGAACACCAAGACUGGCAUGCCUUAUCCAAGGGUGAACCUACAGAAAGGGGGUCCCUCCGGCAGCCUGAAUGAGAACCUGCACCGCCGGAGCCGGUUCCCUCCUGGUGGAGUUUGGGGCGAUCCUGAGCCGGCUUCUGGGAGACUCCACAUUUGAGUGGGUGGCUCGCCGAGCUGUGCAAUCCUCUGGAGUCUACGCAGCAAUCAUACCGGACUCCUAGGCAAUGUGGUGGACAUCCAGACGGGGGAGUGGGUCGGGAAAGCAGAGCGGCCUCGGUGCCGGUCUAGAUAUUCCUUCUUCAGUACCUGCUGAAGUCCUACAUCUUGUUUGGGGAAGAGGAGGAUCUGCGCAUUGUUUAAUGAAGCCUAUAAAAGUAUCCGGAACCACUUUACGGAGAGGGGAGAGGCGUGUAAUGAAGGUGAGGGGGACCCCCCGCUGUACGUCAACGUGAACAUGUUAAAUGGCCAGAUCAUGAACCACGUGGAUCGACUCUCUGCAGGGCAAUUCUUUCCCCGGGCCGUCCAGGUGCUGAAAGGAGACAUCGAGGACGCCAUCUGCCUGCACGCCUUUUACUACGCAAUCUGGAAGAGAUUCGGCGCUCUGCCUGAGAGAUACAAUUGGCAGCUGCAAACCCCCGACGUCUCCUUCUACCCUCUGAGGCCAGAGCUGGUGGAGUCCACCUACCUCUUGUAUCAGGCCACUAAGAAUCCCUUCUACCUCCAUGUGGGGAUGGACAUCCUCCUCAGUCUGGAGAAACACGCCAAAGCCAAAUGCGGGUAUGCCACUCUGCACCAUGUGGUGGACAAGUCUCAGGAGGAUCGCAUGGAAAGCUUCUUCCUGAGUGAGACCUGCAAGUACCUCUUCUUGCUUUUCGAUGAAGAAAAUCCGGUGCACACGACGGGCAAUAACUAUCUGUUCACCACGGAGGGUCACCUCCUCCCCCUGGAUCCUCGCUUCAGGAACAAAGCUUGGAAGGACAUCUUCACCUCGGAGAACAAAGCACAAACCAGAUCCCCGAAAACUGUCCCAGACCAAAGUGCGAGCCGCCAACACCAGCACCAAUUGUUACAGAGUCCCGGAAGAACGGCGGUACUCCCUCCCUCUGAAGAGCGUCUACAUGCGUCAGAUCGAUCAGAUGGUGGGGCUCCUAUA